GCCCCUUGAGCCCUGCAGGCGCCGGGCGGGAGUGGAUCGCGUGAGCCGUUAGGGACAGGUGCGCGGAGGCGGGGACCGGGCCGGGGUUCUAAGGCAAGGCGGCGCGUGGCAGCGCGGGGUGUGGGGACCAGGCAGACCUGGAACGCCGAGGUCCAUGAACCCACGCCGCGGGCAGCGCGGAGCCGCCGCCUCCUCUGGCCCCGGCACCACCGGGUUCGCCACUGGGCUGCGGAGUUGCCAGGUCCGGGGCUCUAUCGCCCCGCGCCACCUGUCACCAUGAACCCCGAGAAGGACUUCGCGCCGCUCACGCCCAACAUCGUGCGCGCCCUCAAUGACAAGCUCUACGAAAAGCGGAAGGUAGCGGCUCUGGAGAUCGAAAAGCUGGUACGGGAGUUCGUGGCCCAGAACAAUGCUCUGCAAAUCAAGCACGUGAUCCAGACCCUGUCCCAGGAGUUUGCCCUAUCGCAGCACCCCCACAGUAGGAAAGGGGGCCUCAUUGGCCUGGCUGCCUGCUCCAUCGCGCUGGGCAAGGACUCAGAGCUGUACCUAAAGGAGCUGGUGGAGCCGGUGCUGACAUGUCUGGGGGACUCAGACAGUCGCCUGCGCUACUACGCGUGCGAGGCGCUCUACAACAUUGUCAAGGUGGCCCGUGGCGCUGUGCUCCCUCACUUCAACGUGCUCUUCGACGGGCUCAGCAAGCUGGCUGCUGACCCAGACCCCAACGUGAAGAGCGGAUCCGAGCUGCUGGACCGGCUGCUGAAGGACAUUGUGACUGAGAGCAGCAAGUUUGACCUGGUGGCCUUCAUCCCCUUGCUGCGAGAGAGGGUGUACUCCAACAACCAGUACGCACGGCAGUUCAUCAUCUCCUGGAUCCAGGUUCUGGAGUCGGUACCAGAUAUCAACCUUUUGGACUACCUGCCUGAGAUCCUGGAUGGUCUCUUCCAGAUCCUGGGAGAUAAUGGCAAGGAGAUCCGGAAAAUGUGCGAGGUGGUGUUAGGGGAGCUGCUGAAGGAGAUCAAGAAGAACCCAUCGAGUGUCAAGUUUGCCGAGAUGGCCAACAUCCUGGUCAUUCACUGCCAGAGCACAGAUGAUCUAAUCCAGUUGACGGCCAUGUGCUGGAUGCGCGAGUUCAUCCAGCUGGCGGGCCGGGCUAUGCUGCCUUACUCCUCAGGCGUGCUAACUGCUGUGCUGCCUUGCCUGGCCUACGACGACCGCAAGAAAAGCAUCAAGGAAGCAGCCAACGUAUGCAACCAGAGCCUGAUGAAGCUGGUUACCCCUGAGGACGACGAACCUGACGAGCCCCGGCCAGGAGCACCCAAGCAGGCGGAACCAGACUCCGAUGAAACCCCAGCAGAGCCAGGGGGGACGGCCAGCGGAGGCCCUGAUGGAGCCAGUGACCCCGGCCUCAGUGGUGACUUAGGUGUUUUCACACCAAUUAGCUCUGAACGGGCCCCAGGCACGCUCCACCUAGACGGGAUCGUGCAGGUGCUCAACUGCCACCUGAGCGACACAGCCAUCGGCAUGAUGACUAGGAUCGCAGUGCUCAAGUGGCUAUACCACCUCUACAUUCGGACACCUCGGAAGAUGUUCCGGCACACGGACAGUCUCUUCCCCAUUUUGCUGCACACGCUGUCAGAUGAGUCAGACGAGGUGAUCCUGAAGGAUCUGGAGGUGCUAGCAGAAAUCGCUUCCUCCCCUGCUGGCCAGACAGAUGAUGCAGCCCCCCUGGACGGCCCUGACCUACGGGUUGGCCACUCGGAGCUCCAGGUGCCCAUGGCCAGCAGGGUGGGCCUGCAGCCCCCCGGUUCCAAAGGCUUAGAAUCUUCUCCUUCCACACCCACCAUGAACUCCUACUUCUACAAGUUCAUGAUUAACCUUCUCAAAAGAUUCAGCAGCGAACGGAAGCUCCUGGAGGCAAGAGGCGCUUUCAUCAUCAGGCAGCUGUGUCUGCUGCUGAACGCCGAGAACAUCUUCCACUCCAUGGCCGACAUCCUGCUGCGGGAACAGGACCUGCGCUUCGCCUCCACCAUGGUGCACACGCUCAACACCAUCCUGCUCACCUCUGCCGAGCUCUUCCAGCUGCGUGGCCAGCUCAAGGACCUCCAGAGCCCGGAGAGCCAGAGCUUGUUCUGCUGCCUGUACCGCUCCUGGUGCCACAACCCUGUCACCACCGUGUCCCUGUGCUUCCUCACCCAGAACUACCGGCACGCCUACGACCUCAUUCAGAAGUUUGGGGACCUGGAGGUGACUGUGGACUUCCUCACAGAGGUGGACAAACUGGUGCAGCUGCUGGAGUGCCCCAUCUUCACAUACCUGCGUCUGCAACUGCUGGACGUGAAGAACAACCCGUACCUGAUCAAGGCUCUGUACGGGCUGCUCAUGCUGCUGCCCCAGAGCAGCGCCUUCCAGUUGCUGUCCCGCCGCCUCCAGUGUGUGCCCAACCCCGAGUUGCUGCAGCCCGAAGACAGUGUGGCCACAGCCCCCGGGCCCCAGAAGGCUGAGUCCCCCAGCAUCGACUACGCGGAGCUGCUGCGACACUUCGACCGGGUCCAGAAACAGCACCUGGAAGUGCGGCAUCAGCGGAGCGGGCGCGGGGACCACCUGGACCGCAGGGUCAUCCUCUGACAGGCCCAGGGCUGCCUCGAGUCCAAGAUGUAGUCCCAGGAGCACCAAGGAAGUGGGCCCUCACCACCGACCGCCCCCCCCCCGGGGGAGCCUGAGGCCGGCCUCAGGGGGCAGUGGGCCUGGCACUGCUGAAGACACCAGCUCCUCCCCUCUGCCUCCAACGCUGCCAGCCUGACAUCUGGGUACAGCUGGCCACAGCCUGGGCCACCCCCACUUCUGGAGUCUCCUCCCUAAUGUCCUCUCCUGAAAGAGCCCCCACUCACCUACCAGGGCUCCAGCCUCGAGCACUCUGGGCACGGGGUGGGGGUCAUGGGUGAGCACCCCAAUAAAGAAAUGACCAAAACU